AUUGUGGAAAAGCGUAAAGCGUAAAGCUAAAAAAAGAUUUAAAAAAAAAAAAAACAAAUUCGAAACAUUUUCCUACUUAACUUGGGCUUUAUACAACGAUUUCAUAAUUAAAUAAAUUUCACAAAUUGCUGAGCUCUAAGAAUUUUAUAUAAGCUGCAAAAAACUAAGAAGAACAUUUAAAUUUCUAAUUGGUCGAGUGCAUUGUGCAAUGCGUGAAAGCUGAUUAUAUAAGACACGCAGUUAGGAAGUUGCAUUAACGACAAACGUCUUUCAAAGCAUUGGCACAAAUCAAAACAAAAAGCCGGCAAAACAAAUAAGAAAUUAUAUUAUAUUUCAUAUAUUUGGCACGGGUUAUCUUUUUGGCAGCUGAAUUUUGACAGGCGCAGAAAAAAGAAAAGUCAAAAGCAAAAGCAAAAGCAAAGAAAAACUAUUGCAACCAAACUGUAUAAAAAUACAAAGAGAGAGAGAGAGAGAGAGAGAUAUAUAUAGAGAGAGAGAGAGAGAUAGAGAGAGAAAAAGAUAGAGAGAGAGAUAAAAAGAGAAAGAAAAAACAGAGCGAUUGCAAAGAAUUAUAAAUAAAACGAGCAGCUACGCAAAAAGAGCAGCGGCAAAAAGCGAACAAAAGCAACAUAAAUAAACAAAGGGACCAAUAACUACGACAACAACAAGAACAAGAAGAACAACAAGAAUAUAACGAUGCCUGAGCCACUGGGAUUGCUGUAUUCCAUGCCAGAGACAAAGAAAAAGGCACCCAUUAUUAAGGUGUCCUGCGGCAUUGGCGAUACGGACGGUUAUCCCGCAUUCGAUGUGGAGUCGGAUGCCUAUGACUCCAAGGAUGAUACCAAAUGGGGUUUUCUGAUAACCGGCGGCGCUGAAUUUCACAUGCUCUUAACCGUGUUUCAGGUGUCACCCGAUGGUAUAGCUGACAAAUCGGGCAUACGUCUGGGCGAUAUAAUACUCGAAAUCAACGAAGAGGACGCUACGCAGCUGACACUGGCCCAGGCACACGAGCGCAUCAACGCCACGCCCAAGAAGGUGCAUUUUCUCAUGCGCAACAUGGAGGAGGAUGAUCCCAUGGGCAUGUACGAGGCCGGCGAGGAGAAGUCGAUUGUGAUGCGUGUGCCGAAACCUUUGCCACCACCAAAGGACCGCGUGUUGCCCAGCUCGAUUGAGAUGCGGCUCCUGGAAAUGCAGCGUAAGCUGUCUGCCAUUGCUGAAAUACCAAAAAUAUUAUCCUCGACAUUGGCCACCGUCUCGCAAUCCUUUGGAUCCGAGGAGAUGUUGUACAUGCAGCGUAAAUGCUCCUACGAUGAGGAUGCGCUCGACUAUGAGCUAAUGGAACAGUUGGAUAGCGCAGAUGAGAUUGAUACAGAGCAGGAGGAUGAUCUGGUGCAGGUGCAGGAUGAUGAUGAGGACAAGUCGCUGCUAGAAUGUGAAUCAAAGCAACUGAAGGAUUUGACGCCAGAAUCCGAUUAUGCAUCCGAAGUCAAUUACAUGACAAUUAAGCUGAGUGACGAGCCAGACAAUGACAGUGGCAAGGACGGAGGUGCUGAUGAUGAGGAAGAACAGGACGAGGACGACUUGCCUGCUCACCAGUCAGUGUACUAUAUAAAACUGCCUGCAGUGUCAGCCGACCAAGUUGGGGCAUUAAAUAUCAGUUUCAGCGAUGAUGAAAAUGAAAAUGUUGAACAUGAGAUUGAGAAUGAGAAUGAGAAUGACAGUGAUUUCCUGAGCACCACUUACACAUGGAAUCUGCGAAAUGUGCCCAAGCUGAGCGUAAGUGAUGCCGUGGGCGUAUGUGAUUUGACGCUCAGCCCGCAGUUGGAGGCGCCGUCACAUAAUGCCGAUGACACUUCAAAGGUGCGCUUAGCAACGCUCGAGGCAGCAACAACAGCCACAUCUGCCACGGAGUCACAAAAGCUGCUCUUCAAGCUGGAUAACCUGGAGCGCAGCUGGCCCUGGGCGGAUCGUGAGAAAAUCAUUUACAAGCAAUCAACUUGUCAUCUGGUUCAGCGCAAGCCGCUGGGAAUAGUCGGGCAGCGCAUUCAGCUACUGGCCAAACAGGAGCUGCUGCGCCAGGAUAAGACGCCCUAGACAAGAUGCCAGGACAAGACGCCCUUGAUCAAAGCGUUCUCUUUUCUCUUUAGUUUUAGGUAUCGACGCUUGCACUUGGCAGGCAGCCAACUUUUAAUUGAGUUCAUUAUGCAAAUACGUCAGCUGCACAAACUAUUCUUGACAUCCCCAACGCAAACGGAACGUAUGAGAAAUUUUACUCUCAUUUACAUAUACAUACAUAUAUACAUGUAAAUGCUAGGUAGUUUUCAAAACUAAUGUGAAGUUUUUUAAUUACAAGUCACUACUACUAAUCAUGGGCAUAAUAUUUUUAUAUGCCUUGUCUUGAAGGUCGAGGUGUAUAUUGGUUUCAUGCAAUGUCUUUCAUGCUGUCUGUCCGUCCGUCUCUUGAAGUUAGCGAUUUGAAACUGAAUAUAUAUUUAUCAAUGCCCUUGUCAGACAAAGUAUUAAAUUUGAUUUGCUACUCCAACUGAGAAAACAGGAAAUCGCUUUAAUCGACACGCUCCAAAAAAAUUAUCCACCACCAAAGAAUGGCUCAAGUCCAUACCUCGCACAAUUUUAAAGGUAAGAUUUUUUGAAAGAGUCAUGCAAUCCCAAUUCCGACCUUCCAAGAAGUUAAUUUGCCACCUGUUUUCAGCUGGCAUAUCAGCCAGAUAUCAGAGUAUUCCGCAGUCGGUUACGCCAAACUGCAAUGUUCUCACUUUAUAGUUUUAGUUUUGGUUAUCUUUCACAACAUUUUUGUUUGAC